GAAUGUGAAUUUGCCAUUGUGCAAGGAGCCAAAAGACUUGGCAAAUUUUCCAAGCAAAGUACUCCGCCACCAUAUGACGAUAGCGGAGUGGCGGAGUUUGUUCAAUGUUUGGCUUUGUGA